UCGGCGGGGACGGUGACUAACUGUUUAUGAGAUCGCGCGGGGAUUUCUUCGGCUGCUGCAUUCACAAAACCGCCCGCCCGUCGACAAAGGAUGUAAUCAUACAAGUUGAAACGAGUGCGCCAUCGAAUUUAUUUAUUUACCGAGUUGUAUAGGCAGAUGAAGCCGAAUGUUGAAGAACGCAAAGGAAAAUACUAUAGUCUCUAGUUUAUUCAAGUUCCCCGUUGAAAGUUGGUUUCUGCAGCACCGAGAAUAUAAAUAAAUAAGAGUUGAUGGUAAAUUUUAGAGUAAAUAUUUUCUGUGCAAACUCAGAAUUACCGGCAGUGUGGUAGGCACCCAGUAGAUACCGCCUGCCUGCUGCCAAAGUGUACGGUGUGCGUUUGUGUGUGUGUGCGCGCUUUUCUCGCUAGACGAAUAUUUUAAUUAUUGCGAAAAAGAAGAAAAGAGUAGAACUAGUAGCAGCAUCAGCGAAAUUCCAGUACAUAUUAAGGUCCCCGCCUUUUUCCCUUGGGUGUUCCUACACGUGCUCGGCCGGUCGGUGCGUGUUUCGGUGUGCUUGUCUGUGAGAGUGCUCUAAGCUAAAUCGUUAUCAGUGUUUAGAUUAAGCGUGUAAGUUGAAAAGUGGUGCGCGGAAAAAUCACUAAUGAUUCAAUGUAAUUGCCGCCCGCCGAGCAGUUGCUCGCUGUAAAUAGAUCUUUAUCCAAAGUGUUUGCGUACUGCGGGGCCUGUGAUAGGGUGAGUGUGAGAAUCAACGUAAAAAGUGCUCUGGUUUGUUGGCUCUGGAUAGCCGGUUCUAUACAAUCAGUGCUAUCAACGACGGUGUGUUCGGUAAUUGGAGAUCAAGAUAAUUCGGGAAGCGGCGCGGCAAUUGCGACGAGGACAGUUUCUGCGGUCAAGGUGAUCGGGAGAGCAGUAGAAGAGAAGGAAAACCUCACAACUGAACCCCUUUCCAGAGUCCAGCCCCGAUACCAGCCGACCGCUUAGGAAAUACAUCUACGAGAACCUCCCGACAGCCCCUGGUUCCCCUCCUGCUCCACCCCCACCGACGACUGUCCCAGUGAGCGAAAAGCCAUGACAUCACCCCUGCCACUGUUGCGCUCGUUCUCGACCGAAAACCAGAACCGAGACUGGUGCAAGCGAUUCUCGCUGCGAGUCAACCGGAAGGCCACCGCCGAUGGAAAGCUGGACUUUGCCAACCUGCGCAAAAAUAAGUUUGCCCGCCGCUGCUCGUCCUUGCGGCAACAGGCGACCGAGCAGACGACAUCGACCGUGACACUGGAGCUGGAAAGCGCCUCGGCGGCCCAAUCGAUGACCAUCCACGAGCAGAACACCAGCUCCCCAAAGAAGCCCAAGUGGGAGGUGAUUGAGCACUUCAAGAGCACCGGACGCGGCCAGGAAUCGAUCAGCAGCAGUCUGAUUGCGGCCGGAGUGACAGCAUUCAACCUAGAUGAUACCACGUCCAACUACUCCGGAACGGCGUCGAUCCGGAAGAAGAGCUUCCAGGUCUACGGAGCUGCUGCGCCGGACGAACUCGAGCCGCUGAACAAUGGCAACCACAGCAAUGGAGCCGGCAGCAGCGUGGAGGGAGUUUGCGACACCUCGCGCUGCUGGAAUCACGUCAAAUGCCUAUUCAAUGGCAUCAUCUGUUCGCAUAAAUUUAAGAAUGUUCAGGUGGAGAUGCUGUAUCAGCGUUACUUUCUCCGGAUGAACCAGAACAAUGCGGUGCACAUCGUAUGGCUACUCCUAGGAUUAAUCUUCAUCUUAGCGUUAAUACAUCUCGUGUUCACCUUUAUCCUGCAGCAGUCGCUGGACAGUUGCCCCGGUUACGCCAUCGAUCCACUAGAUGGCUGGAAUUUGUCAUCAUCAUCGCCAUCGACGUCGACGACAUCAUCAUCAUCGUCAUCAGCGGCAGCAUCGUCCUUGGGAUUAUCACCUACGGCAGAGCGGUUUCCGCUUGGUCUCCUAACGGGAGCCGUAUUCAACGAGUCAUUUCCCGACAAAGACAGCAGCAGUUAUGCCACCGGCGACGAUAAUAGGUUCAAUGUGAGUGACUCCGGUGGAGGUGGGGAAAGCAGAAGUACAAGGACAGCGCCGUCGGUUGCAGUGAGUGAAAGUGGGAUCAGUGAAAGGGUUGGGAGAAAAGUUCGAGCAAGUGAAAGUUUCUGGAGCAAAUUGCUUCCUGCUGCCGUUGGAAGUGCUGCUCUCAAAGGUGCCGGCCAUAAUGAUAAUGUUAACUCUGGUGUGAUUAAUCAUUCGAUCGGCCGGUUGUGGAAGGAACGAAGGAGCCAUUCCGGCAGUGAUAACGAUGGCAAUCAGGUGGAAAGCAGUAAGAGGCAGGAAGAGCUGAAAAAUUAUCCCCGGCAAGGUGACGGCAAAGGAAGGAAAGGACCAAGCUCCAUUAAUGGCCACCAUAACGGCGGUGAUAACGACGUUAUCAACGCAGUCUACGACGACACCGAGCUAUACGUCGAGGAGGACAAUAACGACACCGUCAUCAACGUCGCCACCCCAGCGGUUCCGGAAUUUGAUUUGACUUUCGAAAACCACUCGACGACGACGGCUUCGGAGGUGCUGGUGGACGAGGGGCUCGCACUGUGCAGCCGGGACUACUUCACCCUUCUCAAGGACAACAUGACCCAGCUGAUCGUGAUCGGCGUGUGUGCCGUCGUGUACGCCCUGCUGCUGGCCUGCCUGUACAAGCAGCGCAUCAACGAAAUCUACCUAUUUCAGGUGUCGUACGUCGUGAUGGUGACGCUGCUGGCGCUGGACGUCUGCUUCAGCUUUACCACCUCCGCCAAGAAAUUCACAUCGUCCGGCGGGUGCACCGUGAUUGCCAUCUACAUCAUCUACACCAUGCUGCCCAUCCGGCUGCGGGAGGCGAUCGUCGGCGGGACGCUGCUAUCCCUGUCGCACAUACUGCUGACGUUCUACAUGAACGAAUCCGACGACGACCGAGAGGUGCUCUACUCGGACCUCAUCACGCUGGCCUGUACCAACGCAACCGGCAUCCUGCUGCACUGGCCCAAGGAGAAAUCCCAGCGGAACGCCUUCAUGGAAACGCGCCAAUGUGUGGAGGCCCGCCUGCGGAUUCAACGGGAGAACCAGAAGCAGGAGCAACUGCUUCUGUCGGUUCUUCCCCGACACGUGGCGAUGGAAAUGAAGAACGACAUUGCCGGUCAACCACGGGAGGAAGCGCAAUUCCACAAGAUCUACAUCCAACGGCACGAGAACGUCAGUAUUCUGUUUGCGGACAUCUGUGGCUUCACGAGCUUAUCGGACCAAUGCACGGCGGAGGAGUUGGUGCGGCUGUUGAACGAGCUGUUUGCUCGGUUCGAUCGGCUGGCUCAGGAGCAUCACUGUUUGAGAAUUAAGCUACUGGGAGAUUGCUACUAUUGCGUGUCUGGGCUACCGGAAGCUAGACCGGAUCAUGCAAUUUGCUCGGUGGAGAUGGGGCUGGAUAUGAUCGAUGCCAUCGCCCUGGUACGGGAAGUGAUGGCAGUCAAUGUCAACAUGAGAGUUGGAAUCCAUACGGGGCGGGUCCACUGCGGAGUGCUGGGAUCGAGGAAAUGGCAGUUUGACGUGUGGUCCAACGAUGUAACGCUGGCGAACUACAUGGAAAGCGGUGGAGUCCCCGGGAGGGUGCACAUUACGAAGGAAACGCUCAAAAGUCUCGGCGAUCACUACGAGGUCGAGGAGGGAAAGGGAGCCGAUCGCAACAAUUACCUGAAAGAUCAUCAAAUCCAAACGUUUCUGAUAGUUCCUAAGGAGUCGUAUCGAGCGCACACCAUGUCCAAACAGUCGUCUUCCGUGAACGGGAACAUUUCCAAGGAGCUCCGGAUGAUGGGCCACUGGUCCAAGAUGGGCUUCAACGACAAGCAGGAACCCAAGAGCACGGAGGAGGAGGUCAACGAGUAUCUGAUCAAGGCGAUCGAUGCGCGUUCGAUCGAUCGGCUCCGGUUGGAUCACUGCAAGCGCUUCCAUCUGACCUUCAUCAAGGACGACAUCGAGCGGAAGUACUGCCGGGAGCCGGACCCGAUGCUGAAUGUGUACUUCUACAGCAGUAUCAUCAUAUUCUUCGGGAUCAUGUCGAUCCAGGUGCUUGUUUUUCCUAUGGACCAGUACUCCUAUUGGGUGUACGGUGUUUUAACUGUGAUGCUUAUGGUUUCCUGUGUUCCUGUCUUCUCCAGAGAAGAUACGAAAAUUUCCAACUUCUUCCGGGUGAUUUCGCAAAAGAUCCAUGGCCGUCGAGAGAUAGCCCAAGUGAUAUCGUUAUGCGUUGUCGUUACUGUGAUAUGUUUGUCUUACUAUAAACUGACUUUCAUCUUCUAUCGAUCUCUAUCGGAUGAAUAUUUUCUGCAGUGGCCUAAUCAGUGUAAUGAAUCGAAAACUUUUAAUAUUCUACUACUACUGACCUUGCUUGCCUUACUAACCUGUGCGGUGCAUCAGUUCAUCAAGAUCCUGUUCAAGAUCAUUCUGUUGUUGGUCAUCCUGAUGUGCUACGUCGCUUCCAUCGUGGUGCUGGCGUUAAUCUACGAUCGGCACUGUGAGCCGUGGUUCCUAACGACGGAGCGCUUCCUAAUCGACGUCGCCUUUCUGGUGGUGUUUGUGAUCGGUCAAAUCAUGAACAGCCAGCAGACGGAGAUAACGCGGCGGUUGGACUUUAUCUGGAAGCUGCAGGCCACCGAGGAGAAGGAGGACAUGGAGCACCUGCAGGCGUACAACCGGAAGCUGCUGGCCAACAUACUGCCGGUGCACGUGGCCGAUCACUUUCUGCGGCGGGAGAAGAACAUCGAGGAAAUCUACCACGAACAGUGCGACAAGGCGUGCGUCAUGUUCGCCUCGAUUCCGAACUUUUCCGAAUUCUACAUCGAACUGGAAGGGAACAACGAAGGGGUGGAGUGCCUGCGGUUGCUCAACGAAAUCAUCGUCGACUUUGACGAACUGCUGGCGCAGGACCGAUUCCGGCACGUGGAGAAGAUCAAAACCACCGGCUCGACGUACAUGGCCGCGUCGGGCCUGACGCUGAACAGCGACGAAGCGGUCGGAUCCGGCCACGUCACGGCCAUGCUGGACUACGCGUUGGAGCUGUUCCAGAAGAUUACCGACGUGAACGAGCAUUCCUUUAAUAAUUUUAGGAUGAGAAUAGGAAUCAACAUAGGGCCGGUGGUGGCGGGAGUUAUUGGCACCCGGAAGCCCCAGUACGACAUCUGGGGCAAUGCGGUGAAUGUUGCCUCGCGUAUGGACUCGACCGGGGUGAUGGACCACAUACAGGUCACGGAGGAUGUGUACGAGAUUGUCAAGGACAAAGGGUACAGUCUGACCUGCAGGGGGACAAUCGACGUCAAGGGGAAGGGAACUAUGGUGACCUAUCUGAUGCCCGGCAUCGUCAAGGAGCUAAACUAGACGAGGGUUGGGAAGUUGUUGAUAAUUAUUACUGCAUAUAGGUUUUCCCAUCGUCGAAAUGGUUUUCAGAUUUUGUUGAAUCGGAACGUACAUUGUAAGACAUAUCAAGAGUAUUAUUUUUAUGGUAGCUGAACAAAAAACCGGUUAGAUGCGAUGUAAUGUUAGUAGCAUGCAAUGUCUGAGUCUAUUAGUAGUUGUAGUUUGGGCAGAAACGUCUGCUUUGUAGAAUAUUUUCGUACUGAAACUUCUUCCUAAGUAGCGAAGGAAAGAUUGCCAUUUCAUGUGUCUGCAGUUGAGGGGUGGAGAGAUCUGUUGGAUGUCAUCAGGACCUCGUGGACUACACAGCCGUAAUGCCUUCCCCUGCACAAGGUAUUUUCUCUUUCAGGUGAACUCAGGACCCUACAUCCCACCUUAAUUCUAAUUUUAAUAUGACACAUAGGGCCUUAUUACGGGUGUCACUACACGGUGAUAAGAAAGUGAUACUCAGAAUAAGAGCCGUGAUUGCCAUACAAAUAAAAUAGGAAUCACUUCACCGUAACGACAAGUGACAAAUUUUCACCGUGAAGUGACAUCCGUAGUAAGCCUCAUAGCCUUCAAACUUCUUUGGUUCCAGACGCCUUCGCUUACCUUUUAGAUCUGAAUUUAAUUCUGGUGCCUCGUAGCUUCGCGUUCUUAUCUCCUGUCCACCGACAGAUAAAUUGUCGUCUUUAGCUUUAGCAGGAUUUACUAACAGUUCCAUGUACAAUUUAACAACUUCAUCGCCUUUUGAAACCUUGCCUGAAGCUGUUGCUUUCAACUGAAUCUCUGCCUUUUUGAAAUGUGUAACAUGUCGUUGAUAUUCAUUUCCGGUUUCCAAUGACUUGACUGUCGCUUCUAAUUCCGUACGCUUGAUUACUUUAAAUCGUUCAGAUGAAAAAUCCGCGUUCAGCUUAUGAUCUUUCCUCAUCCUUUUAGUAUACACGAUAUCGCCCUCCUUUAUCAGGUUGUCGCGUACUUUUCGUUGAUUAUCUGCAUAUUCCUUUCCCUUUUCCUUAAUAAAUUUGUCGGGGUGGCCGAAUGAGUUGUGGAGUAGUAUGCCAACAAAAACUUCCUCAACUCCUAACGCCAAUCCUUGCCUUAUUCCUGCGAUAUGCGUAAACGUUUUAAAAUACUCCUAUUUUGCCGCUCCACUUCCCCGUUUGCUUGUGGCCAAUAGAGAGUCUUGUUGACCAGUUCGAUGUUCAAUUCCUGGCAAAAUUGUUUCAACUCCUUAAAUUCACUGCUUAGCUGUGGCCCAUUAUCAGCCCUCAUAGAGAAUGGGAUCCCAAAUCUGCCAAAAAUCAUUGAUAGCUCUCGUAUUGUAUCCCAAGUAACAAUUUUGGUUUUAUGAGGGUUCUGUAGACCAUGAUUUAGACUUGUAGCAUGCUUUAAACCCACUAUAAAACUAGCAAUGUUACUUGGGUAUCACUCGCAGUGAUUUUAGCCAUCUCAACGACUUCAACAAAGCGGCUGUAAUAGUCCACCACUUCGAAGAGCCAUUGACCUUCUGGUAGAGGCCCUAGAAAAUUUACCGCUAUUUCCUGCCACGGCCUCGUUGGCAUUUGCCUUCUUCUCAUCGGUUCUGGAGCAUCCGGUGCUGACACAAGUAUACAACCUCGACAUUUCUUUACGAAGCCUGCCACCUCUCUGUCCAUUUUGGGCCACCAUACUGAUGAACGAAGUGUAGAUUUCAUCAUAGCACUUGCCCUUCGUGAGCAGUAUUAAGAAUCCGUAAUUUUAGUGACUCGGGAACAACUCUAGAUAGAGCUGGAAUUAGGGCGUAACAGCCUUUGUAAAC